GAAUUGUCACAGGUCGCGCGCAUGUGUGAAUUCAGUUCUUACUUCGUUCGUAGGCCGGAAAAGAACACGAACGCUUCUCCGGGUUUAGAAGAGUAUUAUGAAGCAACGUUGAAUUUCUAUGUAUUAUUAUGGCAAGAUCCAGCCGAGCUUCUCCCAUGUCUCCAGAGGUCUCAAUAUCAAGUCGGAAAUCGAGGAAUAUUGGCAGGGAUCUCGACGGGUCUUGCAAUGAGGUAAAAAAAAAAAAGGUUAGCUGUAAAUUGUGUAAAACUGAGACAGAGAAAGGACAGGGCGUAGUUUGGCUUUGGUCAGAAGAAAAUCGCAGCGCUUGCUGGUUCAUUUCAAACGAAUUUAGUUGAUUGUGUUUGUAGUCUUUGUAAACAAAUUCUUCAUUUGUCGUAAUCACAAACUUCCAAACGCUUUUAUGAUACCUAAACAUUGACGGAUACCCGAAGAAAUAUGGCCGCAAAGGAAGGAAAAGGAUUUGUGUUUGCUCGUCCAAAAGACUGUGGACAAAAACAAGAUCACGUGCAUGUAGCCUCUUGUGGAUGUCCUCAGGGACGAAGACCUUGUCGCGAACGAUAUCAGUGUCAAAGUUUGAAAGCCACGUAGACGAAACAUCGAAUGUGAUAUGGCGUUCUUUUAACAUUCUUUUAGACUUGUCUGGUCGGGGGCACAUCCUACGCAGCUUUUCAUGUACGUGGGCUUAUCGAAUUCCAUAUUUUUCUCAUAACAGAAAGAUUCUGUUCCGAGUGCAGCUUUUUAUUGUAAUUUUUUUUUUUAGCCCGAGGGCUUGUUUUGAGAGCAUUCGUAAUGAAAGAGUCCUGUUUUGCGCUGCAUAUUACAACAGGCUAUUUGAUAAAUGCCGAGCGAACUUAAUGUUUUGUAAACCCAGUAGAUCACAAAAACAUAUCGCUCUCUGAUUACGAUUCUCAAACCGAUAGCACAGAUAAAACAUUGUCUUUAGAAAUCGGAUAAGGAAACGUUGUGAAUUUUUUUUCUGUUUUUAAAUGUAUCGACUGAGGUUCGAAUGCGGCCCCAAGAUAUCUUUAAUGAAAUUGUUUUCAUCGUAAGUUUAGAUCGACUAAAAGAAAAAAAAAAAAGAUGAGAAAUGAGAUUUUCAAGCCGAAAGAAAUUUUGAUGGCAACUGUUUCUUACCAAAUAAGACAUUUCUCUUAUUGAUUUUAUUUUUCCUUUGGGGGAAAACGGAAAUAAGAUAUAAACGUAUGGCGCGCCAUUGUAUGCUGAAGAGACCCGAGCGAUUAAAGCGCUUUUAUCAAAAAUACCAACCAAUCAUAACGAGACACUACUCUUGUUCUCUGUUUCCAGCUGUCACUCUUACGACGUCGCUUAAAUAUUUCACCGGAUGACACUGACAUGAAUUAUUCAGAGAAUUCUCGCGAAAAUACAACCGUAAAGGAGGAAAAGUCAGUCGUGGUUUGGUAUUUUUGAUAUCCAAUGAAAUGAAUAUCACCUCUUUGCAGAAAGCGCGUCAAAUGUCAUCGCUCGUGCGAUUACAUUUUAGCUUUUAAUAUUCGAAACACAUAUCUUAUUGUUUUGUCAUUUUUGAAGAAUAUCCGAUAACGAACCAUCAGGGCGCGCAUCGAACAAAGGAUCAUAGGCGGGCGGUCGCUGUUUGCGGUGAGCAAUUCAAAUUCAUUGUAAAAAAUGUCUUUUUUGACAUUAUAAAGAAUCCUUCUGAUGGCUACGGCGAAUUAGAGUGUGUGCAUUCGGGAAUUCUAUUGGUCGAGAAAGUGCGCAUAAUGACUUAAAGAUCUUUGUGGGUUUUGUUAGUUUAGCCGAUGUUUGGUGGAUAGAACAAAUACUGAAGUACAGUGACAUGUCGCCCUUACAACUGACGUUGACAUUAUCAGGUUUAAUUUUUGUAUUUGUAUGUGCUUCUAAUGUCACGUACAGGUCACGGAAGGCGAAAAUCUUACCACUGAUGAUUUAGAUGAUUCUGAGUCCGGGGAACACGACAAGCUGAACGGUAUUAUGAGCGACACUGCUAAGCGUUUUUCUUCGCUUCUGACCGUCAUUUGCCGAACAGCAAAAAGAUCUGCGAACAAAAUGGCGAAAAUACGGAAGAAAAAGAAUGGAGGCGCAGAAGAAAUCAGCAACUUGCCAACAAAAACUGAUGUCGUAGGGAGUCCUUGUCGAGUGACGCGUGCACCUCAGAAAUCUACUUCAAACGACGAAGACAAGGGUAUAAUCAUUCUACAAGUGCUUUUCAUUUUAUGUAGGGUUGAAGUCGAAUAUGAAAGUGAGAUUUUAACAAGAGUUUUAUUAUUUACAGUGGAGCAGCAGUUCAACGAGACAUAUGAAUUGCACCAUCUCCUCGGCCAAGGGGGAUUUGCUGUUGUUUAUUCCGGAACAAGGGUUCGAGAUGGCUUGGCAGUAAGUGAUCUCUUUUCCUGUCACUGAUUCACAACUAAUUCAUGACUUGGAGAGAGGGACGAUGGAUAAGCUAUCGAAUCUAAGAUAGGAAAUGGUGAAAUGGUCUUAAAAAACACGAAUCUCGCAUGACUCGACAAAAGACAGCGUGAUUCUAUUCAACAAAAAGAUCGUGAUAGUUAUUGAGUGACCCAAUCAAAUUUCCAGAUCAAAAUUUUCUGAUCGUGUGUUCUGAUCAAUUGUUCCAAGUGAUGAUGAUCAAACGUGUUAAUGUAAACCCUCGUGUCGGAGGUUUGCAUGGGCAUUGUUAAGAAUUUGCCACUGGUUAUUUUUUUUUUUUUCGUUUUAUCUUUAAUCGCUGCGUUCUGCCGAUCGCUGUAAGUUAUUUAUCCCAGCUAUAUCGAAACCUUGUAAUGGUCACGUACAUAUGGAGACUGCACAGUUUUUUCAUAAACCUAUCUCAUGUAGACAAGUUUAUUUGCCGCAAAUUAAGAAACUCUUGGCUACCAAUUCCAACCUCAUUGUUUUUUCAGUUUUUAAUAUUCAUGCAAAAUAUGAUUGAGCUGGAAAGAUGCUUAGUAUGGAUGAACAAUAUACCGCAUAAUUUUUGUAUUAAAAUUCUUCAAGCUGUCAUCGACUCACAAUAAACCCGAGUUCUUUGGCGGCGAAGGUUCCUGAUAUUUCAACAAUUAGCGAAUGUCUGAGGGAUGGUUCAGCCCCAGCUGUUAAGGGUUUAACUUCAAGCGGCUUCUUUUUUCUCAUGUUUAAGUUGAAUCAGUCACCCAUGUGUGCUCGACCUUCUUUCUGGAGUAAAAUGGCGUACUUGAUGAAAUUGAAAAUAAAUAUCAGCCUGCACCACUGAUCUGCAUGGCGAUUAUCUUACACAGUGAGCAAUCAACUAGCAGAAUCUUAUCACCCUAGGUGUCAAAAGCCAUUAUCUAAACCAUAACAUUGAGUUUUGUGGUAAGACGUUAAAAUUAGCAUAACAAGAAUUUUGCAUGAAUAUUUUAGAUUGGGAAAAGGUAAGGAAAAACCAAAGUUUUCUUAGAAAGGUAAAGCUUUCCCAGCUCACAUUGGAAUAGUCGUUUCACCGAAAUUUCGCGAAGAAAAUAUGAAAAUAAACACGUUCUGUAUUGAUUCAAAUCAUUUAAAUCAUUCAAGGGUAAUGAGCUUUAAUUUUUUUUUCAUUUUUAAGGAAUAAGUGUGGUCUCAAAAAUCAACAUAAUGGUGAAAUUGAAUUUUAUUUUGAAAAACUUGACAUCAAUAUUUGAGAUUUUUAAAAAACCGGUUUUUCCUCACUUGGAAAGUUUUCGGAUAUCAGCUUUCCACAAGCACAUACAUCUUUCAAAUCCUGAAAAUCUUUCCUUAAAAAGUGGGCUUUCAAUACUCUAGUCGCUCUACUCAAUACUCUUUGUCUUGGUUACCAAUUAUUGUGUUUGUGAAGUUUUCUUCAAGUUUUUUUUUCAUGAUAUGUUGAGGUUUGACUUUUUUCUCUCUAUGAAAUGCCAGAAAUGCGAGACUGUUAUACGAUCUUUUUGCAAAAUAAUUGUCGCUCUAGAACAUCAGUUUGAAAGUAUAUCGUCUAUCAGCUUUGCAUAAAUAACGUUCUCCUCCAAUAAACUGAUUUUAUCUACAAAGAGCUGAGAUUCCCUCCAGUGAUCUAUAUGAAAUUUUCCAAACUCAAGGUUACGAAAAAUGCCUGUAAGAUAAUUAUUUUGAUUCAAAGAAUCGUUGUUUAAAUUCGAAGGUAACCCAUAGAAAGUAACUUAAAUAUAAAAGUUACGUAACUUUUCCCUUUAGCAAACAUCACUCGAAUAUUUUUCAAAUCAUUAAGUCUAUGAAUUAUUGCUUAAGGAAAGAUAUACUUUCAUUAGGAAAAAAAACAAGUAAUAUUUCAAAUCGAAUGAUUAUUUUUGUGAAGUUCAAGUUAAAAGGUUCUUGAUGAUUAAAUUUUGCAUAGAACUGCCAUGAACACACCAUCGCAAAAGGCUCGGAAUUUAGAUUUUUAAUUUUCGUCGGAGAAGAAACAGCAGUAGGGUUCAUUUGAUUCUAACUGUUGACAGUACAAAUUCAAGAAACCAGUUUCUGUUUGUUUGUUUUUUUUUAUUUCAGCUAUCGAUCACAUAUAUAAUUUUAUUACAUCUGGGCCUGUCUAUUUCCAGUAUCGAUGCUUUGCCUUAGCUGUUUCAUUUAUCACAGAAGAUUUUUCCUGUCGGGCGAAUCAGACAGAAAAGUGUACUCUUACUAAAUAGAGGCAGAUUUUGUACAAAUUAUAGAGGUGUCGAAAACGGGGAAAAGCUUUACGCUUCCUUAUUGAAACACAGUUUAUUCACUUGAUUUACAAUUUUAUUACCACGCUUCGGUUAAUUUCCACUCACAGCUCCUAGCUAAUUGGAAAAUAACACAGGAAAAGUCACGUUGCAAGCACAUGGAACAAGGCCACAUAUGGGCGAAAAAACACGUGCCGCAUACACGUUUUUUUGGUUACGUAAUAGAUAAACGAGAUAACCAGAAAUGUGAAUCAAAUUAAGACUGAUCAACAUAUCUCACAGUUUCCAACAGGAGGCCCCUUAGCUUGAAUUUGCAUUAAAAACUUCAAUCACAAAUCAAGAAAAUAACAAGAUUUCUAUCAUUUUGAUAACGAUUUUAAAAUUUCGAAUAUUGUGACAGUUGUAUGACGUUGGUUUGGGUAUGGGGAUCAUCAUUAUAGAAUUUGUUUGUUUUUUCUUAGGUCGCAAUCAAGGUCAUUCCCAAGAGCAACGUAUACUCUUUUGAUGAGGUAUGUAGGUUUGUAAGUUCUUAUUCAAACGUCUUAUUUAACGAGUGCAAAUUUUUCUUUUGCGAGGGAGUAACGGAGGAGAGGCGGGGAACGUCCGUGGGGUGUCUAACGCCCCCCCCCCCAAACGAAAAUUACAGGGGGUAUAACUUCCCGCCCCCCCUCAACAUUUCGGUGUAGACAUUUUUGAGGUAUGUGGGUUGGUAAAUUAUUAUCUAAACGUCAAAAGUUUUCAUACGAAAGGGUAUAACGGAGGAGUAAGAACUCCAGUCCACCCGAAAAAAAAUGAAAGAGGGAAGGGGCUCCACGCCCACUGCAUUUCGGUGCGGAAAUUAUCGCAAUCGCAGCAACAAAAAAUUCAGCAUCUUGAUCUUUCCACGAAUAAUUUUAUCAGAACCGCUUGGCUCGGUGUCUGAUAUAAAGCUGAAGUUAUUUUCAACUUUUUCCUAAGGAAAGUGAAGUUCCAGUACCAAUGGAAGUCCAUCUUCAUAGAUUUCUUGAUCACCCAAACGUCAUAAAACUUCUCGACUACUUCGAGCAUGCGCAGGCGUAUGUGAUGGUGCUAGAGAGACCCAAGUACCACAAGGAUCUUUUCGAUUACAUCACUGAAAAGCGACGACUGGAUGAGAACGAGGCGAGAAACAUUUUCCGCCAGGUAGUUGAGGCAGUGAUGUACUGUGAAGCAAAAGGAAUCUUCCAUCGUGAUAUCAAAGAUGAAAAUAUUUUGCUUGAUUCUAUAACUGGGCAAGUGAAGCUGAUUGAUUUUGGUUCAGGGACGGUGCUUGAGAACACUUUGUACACGGACUACGAAGGUCAGUUUUAGAAAACUUAAAAAUACCACUUUCCAUGACUGCUAUGACUGCUAUGACCACUCAAAGAAAAAAACAUUCAACUAGCGAGAUAUUGCACCUUUCAACUCUUUAAAAACUUAUGUAGAAGAGAUACCGGUAAGUUGCAACCUUUUUUCGCGAUCGAUCCAAAAUUUUGCGGGAACGAUCCAACUUAAACACUAACGUGAAAAUUAGGCUUUCACACGAUUUUCAUAAGAGCGCUUUGAUUGCAACGACCAGCAGCGUUCUUGACGACUUUUUUUUGCACUAAACUAUUUAUCGCAUGACCCGUAAGGCUCCGCGCGCGCACGGCCAGAAAAAGUUGCACGGCUCCAGGAAGUUUAGCGGUCAAAUGUGAAAACGCUUAUUGUAGGGCUGGAUGGCGAAAACAGUAGGAUGUCGGUCAUAACGUGUGACCUUGCUGCGCUUGGUUUGUACUUCAUGAUCUCGACCCACUCAGUCAAUAAGUAGAUAUUUUUAGAUUGACUUAAUGUUCCGCUCGGAGUCGAAACUCUACUCUGCUAAAGUUGCUCCUACCACAAGGUUCAAUUAUCCGACAGUGUUUAUGAAAUUCACCACAAAGGGGAAAAUUUAUUCCUCUCAUUUUGUGCUGUGCAGUGAACAGGAAUGAAUGGUACACAAUCUCAAAACGCACGUGCAAACCUUUGCUUGCUAAACUUUUUGCUUUGGGCAUUCCAACGGACUUGACUUUUUGUAUUAGACUUUACAAAAACUGUUUUGGCAAAAACUUCAUCCUUUAAAUUAAAAACAAAGCGAAGCAAAUUAUGGAGCAGGUCCAAGGAAUAGGAGACCAAGAGAUUUCUACAGUUGAAAGUUAAGAUCAAAGUAUGAGCACUUAAUUUUGGUACUCGUUUUCUUCUGUCACAAUUGAAAGUUCCGUAGAAACGAAUCUCUUGUAACGGACACUAUUGAGAUAUUACAGCUCAACCUCUUUCUGUACCUUGAUAAUGGUCCGUUUUCUGGAGCCCCUGAGAUUAAUUUCUAAUGACAUAGUCCCACAAGCAGCCAGUCCACGAACACUAACCAAAAUAAAACGUUCAUAUAGCGAACCUUCAAGUGAAGUCAUCAUCUUGUGUUUUUCCUCAAGGAACUCGAGCCUACUGUCCUCCGGAGUGGUUUCGUUUUCAUCGCUAUUACGCACGCCCAGCCACCGUAUGGUCACUGGGAAUACUGCUGCACAACAUGAUCGUGGGAGACGUGCCAUUUUCAAACGAAAUAGAGAUUGUAAGAGGCGAGUUGAAUUUCCCGGAUGAUGUCAGUAAAGGUGAGUGAAUGAGACAAAAAGAUAAUCUAAAGACGGUCGAUUAUUGGUGGGAAACUUAUCAUUGUAAAGGGAUAUAGAUUCUUGGAGAUAAGGAAUGCCUUAAGGACCUUAUAAACCCGUGUGGGGUUUAUUGAUUUCUAGACAGAUUGGCGAGGGUUGAGAGGGGAGUGGGGUGGGGGUGGCGUUUGGCUAUGAGAGAGGUGGAUAGUCUGUUAAAAGUUUUCUCGGAACCAAAUCCAAUUUAUUGAUUUUCUUCUGACUGGUAGACGGGGGCCUUUAGGAAAAGUGGGCAUAUCAAGGAGGGGACUGGAAGAGAGGAUUAAUAAAGGGGAUUUGUUAGAGGUUUUAGUAAAAAGGGCCUUUCAGAGAGGAUGAAUUAAAGGGGGCUUAUUAUAAAAGGGGCUUUUGGAGAGAGGACUUAUCGGAGGGAGCAUCACCAGAGUGAGGCUUAUUAGAGAGGAAACUCAUCUAAAAGGUAGCUCACUAGAGGGGGGUAUAAAUAGAGGAAGGUGUAUUGAAGGGAGGGCAGAGGUUUAAAUAGAACAAAUCUGAAAAUGAAAGCGAUCUUCGCAGCAAUGAACACUACUUAAGCAGUGGUGAAAAUAUGGCUUCAGGCUCGUACGGGAUUUGAACCCAUGACCCCUGUGAUACCGGUGCAGUGGUCUACCAACUGAGCUAACAAACCAACUGGGAGCUGGUCAUUAUGCUGGUUCGUAUCGAACCUGUGAAGUGGUGAAUAAAUGACUGUGAAUAUGUAAAAAUGAUAUAUGUGAACUGCGGAAUAAGAAAUGAAUACGAAAGCGAUCUUUGCAGGAAUAAUCACUGCUUAAGCGGUAGUGAAAAUAGGGCCCGAAAAAAGGCUUGAACAAAUUUAUAACAACAAAACUAUCACCAUGUUUUUGUUCCGGGGUUAUGGGUGAGAGAAGGUCUUUUUUAAGAGAGCGGAGAUUAUCGGUAUAUUUUCAGUAUAUGAAUGGCUUGAAGAGGCUUGUUAUCUUCCCCCGAGGUUCAUAUAAGUAUUUCAUCUUGUGCAGAUCUACAAGAUAUGCUACGAUGUCUCCUAACAAAGCACCCAUCGUACAGACCCACGUUGGAGGAGGUUUUACAACAUCCCUGGCUUCAGCAUCAUAGACAUAAACUUCGUGGUCCUGUAGAUAGGAGAAUGUGUCAGAGUGCACCAAACCCGGGGGAGAUCCCCGAGGGAAGACGUGGACGACAGGGACAUAUAGGAAAUUCUGGUCUUUGAUACGGAAGGCUGAGAAAGGAACUCGAAAAUUUCUGUCAAUCAUGAGACAAAGUCUACAAUGCUUAUCUCCAAUUGUAAGACUUGAAACUUAAGAAGCACGAACGAGGGCGCGGUUAAGAGCUACGUGCCUAAGCUACUCAGAUCACGUGCAUGAAUUCCACAAGCCAUAACGGACUUAAGUGGUCGACCAACUAAAAAGAAACAAGGUCUUAUGUUUUUCACCCUUAAGAGAGGCGUUGUCAAGAGGGCGGUACGCUUAAGAAGAUCUGGUAGAUUACGGAAGAGAGAAACAGGGCGUUCUGUGAAUGGGAAAGCCAUAAGUUAGAAAAAAAAAAGAGGGGAUGACGCUAUCCAACGGAUAAAUUGCUAUCUGGUAGAUUUGUGUUGACAAAUCCUAAUGCUCUGUCCACGGAUUUAUCUAAUAGAAAGCGUCAUCCAACCUUCGAUCGAUGGGGACCAAGUCUUCAUACAAACGUUCCGUUUUCAGUUUCAGUUUCCAUCGAAAUACUGUCCUGAAAAAUGUUCUCAUCCGUAGGUUUUCUUCGCAAAACCACGCCACUUAAGUUAACGAACAGUUGCGUGGCUGAUUCGUCCUCAGUCUUCAAAAUUGGAGCCAUCGACGCGGGUAAGAUGGAAGCGCGAGCGGAAUGGGCAAGAGGAAACCGUCACCCUCUCCUCUCCUUCUUUAGUGUCGCACACCUUUGGAGUAAACUGAGGACGAGUAAGUGCAUAGUGUCACACUAUCAUUUACCAUUUCAAAGACGAAAGGGAAGGAGUGGGAAAGUUUGACUAUUUGUCAAAAUUCGGUUAGACUUACAGACCGACUGAUCAUAAAAACAGCUUGAGAGGAACUUUUUUUUUACGAAGUCUCUAAAUGAAUGACUCUAAACACUUGUUUCAACGCGAGAGAUUCGUGAG